CACUUUACAUGUUUUAUCAUUGUACCUGACUGGCACUAACUUAUAUGCACUGUACUUAUCUCAAUUCCGAACCUCUAAUUUCAAAUUUACUGUUGUCUUUGCAGAAACUUUGCUCAUGGUAAAUGGACAGAAAACUUGGUGUGUGGCCAGGCCUUCGUCCGACCAAGCAACGCUCUUAUCGAAUCUAAAUUACGCGUGCGCGAACGUAGAUUGUCAGAUUCUUCGAAAAGGAUGCCCGUGCUCAUCGCCGGAUAAUCUCAUGAACCGUGCCUCCAUAGCCAUGAACAUGUAUUUCCAAUCCAAGGGAAAGAACCAGUGGAAUUGUGACUUCAGAGGCUCUGCUCUCAUUGUCGUGACUGAUCCAAGUUAUGGUGACUGCAUUUAUGCAUAGUCCUCGGUAAAACAAAGUGCGUGGGAUCAUUCAAAGGAAAUCUUGAGGAAAUUCUGGCUGUUAAUUUGUAGAAUUUUAGCUUUUAAUUUUAAUAAGACUUGUAGAUUUGUAGUUAAAGUAAUCGUUGCAAUUCAAGAACAAAUAUGGAUUAAACUCAAUUUAUGUGACAAACUUAGAACAUGAGUAGCAAUGUGGAAGUAAAUUGAAAUUGUACGUCGUAUUUGAAACA